CUCUCUAAACAGAAUUAGCAACAAGAAUCUGUCUGCAAUCACCAGUCACUAUUGGCUGUCUUUAUUACCUAGCAGAUUGUACUUGAUGGACACAGUCAGCACAAAGUGUGAAUUUACCACAGACAGGGUCUGGAUUGUGCCUAAGGUUGUCCCUUGCCCUAUGGUGACUUUUAUCUCCAACCUGCACUUCCCCAGGCAGAGACAGCACGUACAGCCGUGCCCUCCCUCCCUCCAGAAGAAGUUGGUAAGCAGGUGUCUCCCUUCCCGCUGUCCGGAGGUUCGCACUGUUCCCCAAGUCAGCUUGCCUACUAAAUCUGCAAUCCCACCUCUCCGGCUACAAAGAGGCCAAUCAAGAAGGUGUUCUGGCUCCAGCCUCUGAACACCUCCUGGCCCCAGAGGGAUGUAAAGGCCCAAAAUGACCCUGUUACCGGGAGACAAUUCAGACUACGACUACAGCGCCCUGAGCUGCAGGUCGGACGCCUCCUUCCACCCGGCCUUCUUCCCACAGAGCCAGGCGCUCAAGGGCGUAUUCUACCGCCGAGCGCAGCGGCUGCGCCCGCAGGACACCCCGGGCCCCGGGGACCGGCGCCGGCAGAUCAUCAUCAACGUGGGCGGCAUCAAGUACUCGCUGCCCUGGACCACGCUGGAUGAGUUCCCCCUGACGCGGCUGGGCCAGCUCAAGACCUGCACCAACUUCGACGACAUCCUCAGUGUGUGCGAUGACUACGACGUGACCUGCAACGAGUUCUUCUUCGACCGCAACCCCGGGGCCUUCGGCACCAUCCUCACCUUCCUGCGCGCCGGGAAGCUGCGGCUGCUCCGGGAGAUGUGCGCGCUGUCCUUCCAGGAAGAGCUGCUGUACUGGGGCAUCGCCGAGGACCACCUGGACGGAUGCUGCAAGCGCCGCUACCUGCAGAAGAUCGAGGAGUUCGCCGAGAUGGUGGAGCGGGAAGACGAGGAGGACGCGCUGGACAGCGAGGCUCGCAACAGUGACAGCUCCGUGACAGGCGAGGGCCGCCUGAGCCGCUGCAUGCGGAGACUGCGCGACAUGGUGGAGAGGCCGCACUCGGGGCUGCCGGGCAAGGUGUUCGCCUGCCUGUCUGUGCUCUUUGUCACCGUCACCGCGGUCAACCUCUCGGUCAGCACCUUGCCCAGCCUGAGAGAGGAGGAGGAGCAGGGCCAGUGUUCCCAGAUGUGCCACAACGUCUUCAUCGUGGAGUCGGUGUGCGUGGGCUGGUUCUCGCUGGAGUUCCUCCUGCGGUUCAUCCAAGCUCCCAGCAAGUUCGCCUUCCUGCGGAGCCCGCUGACGCUCAUCGACCUGGUGGCCAUCCUGCCCUACUAUGUCACCCUGCUGGUGGACGGCGCCGCCUCCGGCCGCCGCAAGCCCGGCACGGGCAACAGCUACCUGGACAAGUGCACCCGCGAGUUCGGCCUGCUGCUGCUCUUCCUGUGCGUGGCCAUCGCCCUCUUCGCGCCCCUCCUCUACGUCAUCGAGAACGAGAUGGCAGACAGCCCCGAGUUCACCAGCAUCCCUGCCUGCUACUGGUGGGCCGUCAUCACCAUGACGACUGUGGGCUACGGGGACAUGGUGCCCCGGAGCACGCCGGGCCAGGUGGUGGCGCUGAGCAGCAUCCUCAGCGGCAUCCUGCUCAUGGCCUUCCCGGUGACCUCCAUCUUCCACACCUUCUCCCGCUCCUACCUGGAGCUCAAGCAGGAGCAGGAGCGCGUCAUGUUCCGCAGGGCCCAGUUCCUCAUCAAAACCAAGUCGCAGCUGAGCGGCAUGUCCCAGGACAGCGACAUCUUGUUCGGAAGUGCCUCCUCGGACCUCAGAGACAACGACUGAGCCCAGAGGACGCCCCCAGCCCGCCUGCCGCCCGCGGCUCACGCUCCCGCCGUCCGCCAAGGGAG